GUAGUGUUUCACUUUGUGCACAUGGACGAGUCUGAGAUCCCUCCUCCUGCUAAACGCGUGUUUCCGCCGUUGUAUGUAUCAACCGGUGACCCGUCCAUCGACAGGCUGGCAUUCUUCCACGUGCUAGAAAGAUUAAAGACUCAAAAGCGCACAGGAUGGAUCGAUAACAAGAUCCCAAAUGCAGAGAGUAUAUCAGAUCACAUGUACCGCAUGGCUGUACUCGCUAUGUGUACAUCUGACAGCGCGCUUGAUGUUUCCAAAUGCGUUAUGAUGGCUGUCGUGCAUGAUCUUGCUGAAGCACAAGUGGGAGACAUCACACCUCGAGAAGGUAUUUCGAAACAGGAGAAACAGCGCUUAGAGGCGGAAGCGAUGCAUAAUUUCGUGCAUGAUAUGCUCCAUGGUUCCCCAGCAGCACUACGAAUCGAAGCUCUCUGGAACGUGAGUCCUGCAUCGCUCGACCUGAAUGAACUUUAACGUCAGGCUUUGCGCAGGAAUAUGAGGAGGGGGAAACGGACGAGGCGAAGUUCGUCAAAGGUCUGCCUUUGCUAUUCCUCCUGCCGUGCUUUGAUUUAUUUCCGUGUCUGUAGACCUUGAUAGACUGGAGAUGGCUCUGCAAGCACGCGAAUACGAAAUGGCGC